UUGGUUCAAUAAAUAUAAAAAUAGUUUUACUCAAUACACACAGUCACAUUGUGAAUGAACUACUCUAAUUUUCAUUACUCAUUCGAAAACCGUUCCAUAAUCAUAAUUCAUAUACGUCAAUGUCAAAUGGCUGAGUAAUCAGCUGGUAGCUAAAGAAAAAGCGAAAUAUUAUAUUUUUUCUUAAUUGAAAGAGCAAUUAGGCAGGGAAAGUAGUGUUAAUUAUGGCAGACAUUACGUGGCCUUGGCAGUACAAGUUCCCUCCCUUUUUUACAAUCCAACCACAUUCAGAAACAAGAGCAAAACAAUUAGAAGCUUGGCAACAACUUAUAGCUGAGUACAUGAAGGCGACAAAGCAAUCCACCAUAGACAUAAGAGAAUCACAAAACAGUGCUCUAUUUAACAAUACAGAGAUUAAUAGAAAGUUGUCACAAGAAGCCAUUUUAACUAUUCUAGAAGAAAUGGCGCGAACGGGGAGAGCCGCGCCCAUCGACAAGAGUAAAAAUGUGUGGGAAAUAUACUGGCACUCAUUAGACGAAUGGGGCAAUAUGAUUUAUAACUGGGUGUGUAAUAAUGGAAUGAAUAAUUCUGUCUGUACUCUUUUCGAAUUAAGGGAAGGUGACAGUACUGUUGAUGAAGAAUUCCACGGCCUCGACAUGAGUGUGCUGCUAAAGGCGCUGAAGUCUCUUGAGAAAAAGGGUCGCUGUGAGGUGAUGGACUUUGACGAGAACCAGGGCGUCAAGUUCUUUUAGCUUAUAACAAUCUCAAUGGCACUUGUUUGCUACUUAGAAGAUUCAUUUAAAAUGAAAGGAACUAAAGGGGCGGUAUGUUCAAGUCGGCUGCAAGGGUUUGUUUAAUUUAAUUUUUGUUUAACUAUAAAGUAACAAGACUGGAGCGAGACGAGAGCGGUGGUAGCACUGGGAGAACGGUUGCUUCUCAAAUGAGAAGUCCACAGUUUCAAUCUAGCAGCAACAUAUAUCUAUGACUUUGAUUUCUAAGUUAUGUAAACAUGUUAACCUUGUGAUGAAACAUGGCUGCUGAAGAAAGUUUACAUCUCACCGUCUCUUUAGAGGGUCAGCAAUGUCACCUGUAAAGCGCGUUUCCUUUGGCCAAACAGGUUUCCUAUGGCCAAACCAGUUUCUUAUGGCUAAGCGCGUUGCCUGUGGCCAGGCGCAUUUUCUAUGGCCAAAUGGGUUUCCUAUGGCCAAGCGGAUUUUCUAUGGUCAAGCAUGUUUCCUAUGGUCUUACCAUUAGAUAUACUCUUGACUCUUUAGUGUAAUUGUACUUGCCUCCAAUGCGUGGCAUCGUGGCAUCCAUGCCUAAAUUCAAAUACCUCUUCUAGAUAUUUCAUUCAAA